CCGAUGAGCAUACAAGUGCCCCUGCUCACCGCGGGGCACGACAAGGGCGGAGAGAAUUCCGCGGCGGCGGAGGCGAAGCGGCUGCUUUGGCUGGCCGGGCCGCUGGUGGCAAGCGGCCUCUUUCGGAGCGCGCUCCAGAUGGUGUCCGUCAUGUUCGUUGGCCACCUCGGCGAGCUUCCCCUCGCCGGCGCCUCCGUAGCCACCUCCCUCGCCAGCGCCACCGGUUUCUGCUUCUUCAUUGGCAUGUCGAACGCCCUGGACACGCUGUGCGGGCAGGCGUUCGGCGCGCGGCAGUACAACCUCCUGGGCGUCUACAUGCAGAGUGCGAUGGUGGUGCUUGCGCUCGUCUGCGUCCCGGUGGCCUUCGUCUGGGCCUGCACCUCGCAGAUCCUGGUGUUCCUCGGCCAGGACCGGGCCAUCGCCGCCGAGGCCGGCGCCUACGCGCGGUGGCUCAUCCCGUCCCUCGUCCCGUACGUGCCCCUCGUAUGCCACAUCAGGUUCCUGCAGACGCAGAGCAUCGUCCUGCCGGUGAUGGCCAGCUCCGCCGUCACGGCGCUAGGGCACGUCGGCGUGUGCUGGGUGCUCGUGCACAAGGCCGGCAUGGGGAGCAGAGGCGCGGCGCUGAGCAACGCCGUCUCGUACUGCGUCAAUCUGGCAAUACUGGUUGUGUACGUGAGGGUGUCGAGUGCCUGCAAGCGGACGUGGACUGGGUUCUCCAUGGAGGCGUGGAAGGAGCUGCGACGGUUCACCCAGCUCGCCAUCCCGUCCGCCAUGAUGUUUUGCUUGGAGCAGUGGUCGUUUGAACUGCUCGUGCUUCUCUCCGGUCUUCUGCCCAAUCCAGCCCUUGAAACCUCUGUACUGUCGAUAUGCCUUAACACUGGCGAUCUCAUCUUCAUGGUGGCGUCCGGUCUCUGCACAGCCAUAAGCACACGCGUUUCGAACGAGCUUGGUGCUGGCCAUCCACAGGCAGCAAAGCGGGCAACCAAAGUGGUCAUAUGCAUGGCAUUGUCUGAAGGAUUGGUGAUUGCCAUAACAAUGGUUUUGCUACGCAACUUCUGGGGUUACGUGUACAGCAACGAGGAGGACGUUGUGAGAUACAUUGCUCGGAUGAUACCUAUCCUCGCCAUAUCGUACUUCAUAGAUGGCCUCCACAGUUCUCUCUCAGGUGUGCUAACCGGGUGUGGCAAGCAGAAGAUUGGCGCUCGUGUCAACCUUGGCGCAUUCUACUUGGCCGGCAUUCCCGUGGCUGUGUUGCUUGCAUUUGUCCUCCAUCUAAAUGGAAUGGGUCUUUGGCUAGGUAUCGUCUGCGGUAGCAUGACCAAGCUUUUGUUCCUUCUGUGGAUCACAAUGUGUAUAAACUGGGAGAAAGAGGCAAUUAGGGCAAAAGAAAUGGCGCUGCAGUCAUCUCUUCCGGUAGCAUGACGACAUAGUAUGAUGCUGCCAUGUCAUGCUCCUUAGCUCACUAAUGAAACCUCCACUACGGCCGGUUGCCUUAUGCAUUAAGGAAGGACAACUCCACUAGGAUGGCUUGAUUUCAGCAUUCAGGUUCCUUCCACUAUGAAUAAGGGCUUUGUUUUCAAACUUUAUUUUUCUAUUGACUUUAUGGGCUGUGCGCAUCUUGUUAUGCAGAGUAUGAGUGUAAAGUCUGUUGUUUGUAUCGACUUGAUGCGACUUUUAAGAUCAUAAAUCAUUUAUAAAAAAGAUAUCUAAUAGGAUGACAUUAAGGUGGCUUCUCCUUUAUUGUAAUUGAUACUGUAUGUCCUAUCACCUUUGAAUUUAUGUAAAAGAUGGAUGCAAAUAAAUAAACAAGUGUAAGCUUCUAUUUUCAA